AUGGAAGUAUGUUAUCAGUUACCGGUUUUGCCUCUAGACAGGCCGGUUCCCAAGCACGUUCUAAGCCGGAGGGGAGCUAUCAGCUUCAGCUCCAGCUCCUCUUUAUUCGGUGCUCCCGACCCCAGACAGCUGUCACAGAGACGUGGAGCAAUCUCCUAUGACAGCUCUGAUCAAACCGCUCUGUACAUUCGUAUGUUAGUGUUUUAUGUAAUUGUAAUUCACAGUUUUGAUAUUUUGAUAGGGGCUUGUGUAAUAUUCAAACAGCUGUUUUCAAGAGAUGUGAGAGUAAGGAGCCAGGUAGGCUUUGAACCAGAACGAAGAGGCUCACACCCGUACCUGUGUAUCGAUUUCCGGACCUUGCACUCCCAUGCUGAGUCUACAGGAACUCUACCAACGCGGAGAAUCCGCAGGCUUUUCAGCUUCCAACGACACCUGCACUCCUCACGCCUGCUGCGUGGCACACCCCACCAAAAUCCCCUCCACAUCCUGGAUGAAGACUACUCUGGCCAAGCCAAGUGUAUGCUGGAAAAAGUUGGAAGCUGGAAUUUUGACAUUUUCCUCUUCGACAGGCUUACAAACGGAAACGCUCUGAUCACGUUGACGUUUCAUCUGAUAAAUCACUAUGGCUUAAUUGAGCUCUUCCAAUUAGACAUGGUGAAAGUUCAUCGGUUUUUAGUUAUGGUUCAAGAAGACUAUCACAAUCAGAACCCUUACCAUAACGCAGUUCACGCUGCCGACGUGACACAGGCUAUGCACUGUUAUCUGAAAGAACCCAAGCUCUCUAAGUCGCUCACGUCCUGUGACAUCCUCCUGGGUCUGCUGGCUGCAGCGACCCAUGACCUGGACCACCCUGGAGUUAAUCAGCCUUUCCUCAUCAAGACCAACCAUCAUCUAGCAGCUUUGUACAGGAAUACCUCAGUUUUGGAGAAUCACCACUGGAGGUCUGCAGUGGGUCUGCUAAGAGAGACAGAGCUCUUCUCUCACCUGCCUGCAGAGGACGGACUGAACCUGGAGAGGCAGCUGGGCUCGCUGAUCCUGGCCACAGACAUCAGCAGGCAGAAUGAAUACUUGUCCAAGUUCAGGACCCAUUUAGAUCAGGACGACCUGUGCCUGGGCAAUGCGGCACAUCGCCACUUUGUCCUGCAGAUGGCUCUGAAGUGUGCAGAUAUCUGUAACCCCUGCAGACCAUGGGAGCUCAGCAAACAGUGGAGUGAGAAAGUCACAGAGGAGUUCUUCCACCAAGGUGACAUUGAAAAGAAGCACAAACUUGAAGUCAGCCCGCUGUGCGACAGCGAGACAAACACGAUUGGAAACGUUCAGAUCGGUUUCAUGACGUACGUGGUGGAGCCUCUGUUUGUUGAGUGGGCCCGUUUCUCUGACACGUGCCUCUCUCAGACGAUGCUGGGUCACCUGGGCCUGAACAAGGCCAGCUGGUGCAGCCUGCUCCCCGAGGCUGGGGGAAGCUCAGAGGAGCCAGAGCCGGAAGCCGAAGCAGAACCGGCCCCAGCCGCAGAGGAAGCCAACUCUAGAGCCUUACCUCAGGGAAGCCAAACGUCCUGACAUUCCCAUCAGAACCCGAGGGAAGAG